GCGGCCGCAGAGGCGUCUACUCGGAUUCUACGUGUGAGCCAAGUGCGCAGCGGCGGCAGUGGCCACAGAGCAGGUGAAGCUUUUCUUCUAAGAAUAUUUGUUUCAUCUAGUUUAUAACUCCAAAUUAUAUAGACUCUAAAUGUUACGGAAGUGUUGAAAGACUGAGAUCACAAAUAUUGAGAAUAAAUGACAUUUGUUAUACUAAGAGAUAUUGUUAUUGUAAUAAUACCUAGAAUUCUAAUCUGAAUCCAGGAAUUAAACUAUCAGGCCUUGGAAUGAGAAGGAACCGAGCUCGGUCAUGAGCACUGACAGUAACUCCUUGGCACGCGAAUUUCUGACUGAUGUCAACCAGCUUUGCAAUGCGGUGGUGCAGAGGGUGGAGGCCAGGGAGGAGGAGGAGGAGGAGACACACAUGGCGGCCCUGGGACAGUACCUUGUCCACGGUCGAGGAUUUCUGUUACUCACCAAGCUGAAUUCUAUCAUUGACCAGGCUUUGACGUGUAGAGAGGAACUCCUGACUCUUCUUCUGUCACUUCUGCCGCUGGUAUGGAAGAUUCCUGUUCAGGAAGAAAAAGCAAAAGAUUUUAAUCUACCAUUCUCAGCGGAUGUAAUCCUGACCAAAGAAAAGAACACAACUUCUCAAAGAUCAACUCAGGAAAAAUUACAUUUAGAAGAAAGUGCCCUGUCUGGUCAGGUUUCUGCAAAAGUAAACACUUUUCGAAAAAGCAGACGACAGCGUAAAACUACCCAUCGCUAUUCUGUAAGAGAUGCAAGAAAGACACAGCUGUCCACCUCAGAUUCAGAAGCCAAUUCAGAUGAAAAAAGCAUAGCAAUGAAUAAGCAUAGAAGGCCCUACCUGCUGCAGCAUUCUGUAACACAGUCUCCUAAAGAAGACCACCUGACGGCUAAACUUGACCACCUGACAACCAAAGAACAGCCUCCUCCUGAUACCAGGGCUUUGGGACAUUCCAGAGAGAUUUUUCCAAGACAGGAGUCAAACACUGACAUUUUAAGUGAGCCAGCUGCUUUAUCUGUUAUCAGUAACAUGAACAAUUCUCCAUUUGAUUUAUGUCAUGUUUUGUUGUCUUUAUUAGAAAAAGUUUGUAAAUUUGACAUUAGCUUAAACCACACAUCUGCUCUAGCAGCCAGCGUAGUGCCCACACUGACUGAAUUCCUGGCAGGCAUUGGAGACUGCUGUAAUCUCAGUGACAGCUUGGAGAGUCAAAUGGUUUCUGCAGGUUGGACCGAAGAGCCGGUGGCUUUGAUUCAGCGGAUGCUCUUUCGAACAGUGUUGCAUCUUAUGUCAGUCGAUGUUAGUACUGCAGAUGUGAUGCCGGAAAGUCUUAGAAAAAAUUUAACUGAAUUGCUUAGGGCAGCUUUAAAAAUUAGAACUUGCCUGGAGAAGCAGCCUGACCCUUUUGCACCAAGGCAAAAGAAAACAUUGCAGGAGAUUCAGGAAGAUUUUGUGUUUUCAAAGUAUCGUCAUAGAGCCCUUCUUCUACCUGAGCUUCUGGAAGGAGUUCUACAGAUGCUCAUCUGUUGUCUUCAAAGUGUGGCUUCAAAUCCCUUCUACUUCAGUCAAGCCAUGGAUUUAGUUCAAGAAUUCAUUCAGCAUCAUGGAUUUAAUUUAUUUGAAACAGCAGUUCUUCAAAUGGAAUGGCUGGCUUUAAGAGAUGGAGUUCCUCCUGAGGCCUCCGAGCAUUUGAAAGCCCUAAUAAAUAGUGUGAUGAAAAUAAUAAGCACUGUCAAAAAAGUGAAAUCCGAGCAACUUCAUCAUUCAAUGUGUACAAGAAAAAGGCACAGGCGCUGUGAAUAUUCUCAUUUUAUGCAUCAUCACCGAGAUCUCUCAGGUCUUCUGGUUUCAGCUUUUAAAAACCAGGUUUCAAAGAACCCAUUUGAAGAGACUGCAGAUGGAGACGUCUACUACCCCGAGCGGUGCUGCUGCAUUGCAGUGUGUGCUCACCGCUGUUUGCGCCUACUGCAGCAGGCUUCCUUGAGCAGCACCUGCGUCCAGAUCCUGUCGGGCGUUCAUAGCGUUGGAAUCUGCUGUUGUAUGGAUCCCAAAUCUGUAAUCGUCCCUUUGCUCCACGCGUUUAAGUUGCCAGCACUGAAAAACUUUCAACAGCAUAUACUCAACAUCCUUAACAAAUUGAUUUUGGAUCAGUUAGGAGGAGCAGAGGUAUCACAAAAAAUUAAAAAAGCAGCUUGCAAUAUCUGUGCCGUUGACUCUGACCAACUAGCCAGAUUAGAAGAGAUCCUGCAGGGAGACUCGGGUGAUGCUGAACCCUCCUCAGGUUUACCCAGUCCUUCCUACCGAUUUCAAGGGAUCCUGCCUAGCAGUGGAUACGAAGACUUGUUGUGGAAGUGGGAUGCUUUAAAGGCUUAUCAGAACUUUAUUUUUGAAGAAGACAGAUUACAGAAUAUGCAGAUUGCAAAUCACAUUUGCAGUUUAAUUCUGAAAGGCAAUGUAAUUGUUCAGUGGAAAUUGUAUAGUUAUGUAUUUAAUCCCGUGCUCCAAAGAGGAGUUGAAUUAGCACAUCGUUGUCAACACCUAAGCGUUACUUCAGCUCAGACUCAUCUAUGCAGCCACCAUAACCAGUGUUUGCCUCAGGAAGUGCUUCAGAUUUAUUUAAAAACUCUGCCUAUCCUACUCAAAUCCAGGGUAAUAAGAGAUUUGUUUUUAAGUUGUAAUGGAGUAAAUCAAAUAAUUGAAUUAAAUUACCUAAAUGGUAUUCGAAAUCAUUCCCUAAAAGCAUUUGAAACACUGAUAAUCAGCCUAGGGGAACAACAGAAAGGUACGUCAGUUCCAGGUAUUGAUGGGAGAGACCCGGAACAGAAGGAGCUGUCCUCUGUAAAUUCAGGUCCUUCUUUUCAUAACCAGCAGGCUUACUCAGAUUCUCCUCAGAGUCUCAGCAAAUUUUAUGCCAACCUCAAAGGAACUUAUCCUAAGAAAUGGAAGACUCCUAACCAGGAUACUCAUAUUAGCACCAUAAACCUGUUCCUCUGUGUGGCAUUUUUAUGUAUAAGCAAAGAAGCAGAAUCUGACAGGGAGUCGGCCAAUGAUUCAGAAGACACUUCUGGCUAUGACAGCACAGCCAGUGAACCUUUAAGUCAUAUGCUGCCAUGCUUAUCUCUCGAGAGCCUUGUCCUGCCCGCUCCAGAACACAUGCACCAGGCUGCAGACAUUUGGUCUAUGUGCCAUCGGAUCUACAUGUUGAGUUCAGUCUUCCAGAAACAGUUUUAUAGACUUGGUGGUUUCCAAGUAUGCUAUAAGUUAAUAUUUAUGAUAAUACAGAGUCUGUUCAGUAGUCAUGAAGUGGAGCAAGGGAAAAAGGAGGCAGAUACAAAUGUAAAUGAAAACCAGGAUUUAAGCAGAACUUCUCAACCCGAGACAGCUAGGAAGGAAGAUUUAUUACCUUUGACCGUAAAAAGUGCCUGCACACCAUCAGAACUGGGCAGUCUAAAAACGAGUGCUGACAGUUUAGGUACGUUAGAGUCACGGUAUAUUUCUUCCAUGAAUGUGGAAAACAUUCCAGCCACUGAAGCUGUUUCCAAGGAAGCAGAGAUAGUUACAAGUGCAGCACGUGAGAGCUCACUUCAGAGCAUCCGACUUUUCGAAGCCCUUCUUGCCAUUUGUCUUCACAGCGCCAGAACUAGUCAACAGAAGGUGGAAGUGGAGCUACCUCAUCAGAUCUUGUCUGUGGAAAAUAUAUUGUUUGAAAUGAGGGACCAUCUUUCCAAAUCAAAGGUGAUUGAAACGGAAUUAGCAAAGCCUUUAUUUGAUGCCCUGCUUCGAGUUGCCCUGGGGAGUCAUUCAGCAGAUUUUGAACAUAAUGAGGCUUUGACUGAGAAGAGUCAUCAAUCUGAGGAAGAAUUGUCAUCCCAGCCUGGUGAUUUUUCAGAAGAAGCUGAGGAUUCUCAGUGUUGUAGUUUUAAACUUUUAGUUGAAGAAGAAGGUUAUGAAGCUGAUAGUGAAAGCAAUCCUGAGGAUGGCGAAACUUGGGAUGAUGAGGCAGAUUUAAAGCUUGAAAUAGAAGGUUUUAGUGCAUCAAGCAGUCCAAAUGCCUUACCUGAAAACCUCACUCAAGGGGAAAUAAUAUAUCCUGAGAUUUGUAUUCUGGAAUUAAAUUUGCUUUCUGUUAGUAAAGCCAAACUUGACGUCCUUGCUCAUGUAUUUGAGAGUUUGUUGAAAAUUAUUAGGCAGAAAGAAAAAAAUAUUUUUCUGCUCAUGCAACAGGGAACUGUGAAAAAUCUUUUAGGAGGGUUCUUAAGUAUUUUAUCACAGGCUGAUUCUAAUUUUCAAGUAUGCCAGAGAGUACUGGUGGAUCUUUUGGUAUCUUUGAUGAGCUCAAGAACUUCUUCAGAGGAACUAACCCUUCUUUUGAGAAUAUUUCUGGAGAAAUCUCCUUGUACAAAAAUUCUUCUUCUGGGUAUUCUGAAAAUUAUUGAAAGUGAUAUUACUAUGAGCCCUUCACAGUAUCUAACCUUCCCUUUACUGCAUACCCCAAAUUUAAGCAAUGGUGUUUCAUCACAAAAAUGUCCCGGAAUUUUAAACAGUAAGGCCAUGGGAUUACUGAGAAGAGCACGAGUUUCACGGAGCAAGAAAGAGGCUGAUAGAGAAACCUUCCCCCAACGGCUGCUCUCCUCUUGGCACAUAGCCCCGGUCCACUUGCCGCUGCUGGGGCAGAACUGCUGGCCACACCUGUCCGAAGGUUUCAGUGCUUCCCUGUGGUUUAAUGUGGAGUGCGUACAUGAAGCUGAGAGUACCACAGAGAAAGGAAAGAAGAUGAAGAAAAGAAACAAACCAUUAGGUUUACGAGAUGGCAGUUUUGAUGGCACAGAGGGUGACAGACCAGAAGGUGCAGAGUACAUAAACCCUGGUGAAAGACUCAUUGAGGAGGGAUGUAUUCAUCUAAUGUCACUGGGAUCCAAAGCAUUGAUGAUCCAAGUGUGGGCCGAUCCUCACAAUGGCACUCUUAUCUUUCGUAUGUGCAUGGAUUCAAAUGAUGACAUGAAAGCUGUUUUACUAGCACAGGUUGAAUCACAGGAGAAUAUUUUCCUCCCAGGCAAAUGGCAACAUUUAGUACUUACCUACUUGCAGCAGUCCCAAGGGAAAAAGAAUAUUCAUGGGAAAGUUUCCAUAUGGGUCUCUGGACAGAGGAAGCCUGAUGUUACUUUGGAUUUUAUGCUUCCAAGAAAAACAAGUUUGUCAUCUGAUAGCAAUAAAACAUUUUGUAUGAUCGGCCAUUGUUUAUUGUCCCAAGAAGAGUUUUUGCAAUUGUCUGGAAAAUGGGACCUGGGAAAUUUGCUCCUCUUCAAUGGAGCUAAGGUUGGUUCACAAGAAGCCUUUUAUCUAUAUGCUUGUGGACCCAACCACACAUCUAUAAUGCCCUGUAAACAUGGUAAGCCGGUAAAUGACUACUGCAGAUAUAUCAAUAAGGACAUCUUGCAAUGUGAACAAAUCAGAGAACUUUUUAUGACCAAGAAAGAAGUGGACAUUAGUCUCUUAAUUGAAAGUCUUUCAGUUGUGUAUACAACUUACUGUCCUGAUCAGUACACCAUCUAUGAACCAGUGAUUAGACUUAAAGGUCAAAUGAAAACUCAACCCUCUCAAAGACCCUUCAGCUCAAAAGAAGUUCAGAGCAUUUUAUUAGAACCUCAUCAUCUAAAGACUCUCCAGCCUACUGAAUGUAAAACUAUACAAGGCAUUCUGCACGAGAUUGGUGGAACUGGGAUCUUUGUUUUUCUUUUUGCUAGGGUUGUUGAACUCAGUAGCUGUGAAGAAACUCAAGCUUUAGCACUGCAGGUUAUACUCUCGUUGAUUAAAUACAACCAACAGAGAGUACAUGAACUUGAAAAUUGUAAUGGACUUGCCAUGAUUCAUCAGGUGCUGAUCAAACAGAAAUGCAUUGUGGGCUUCCACAUUCUGAAGACCCUUCUUGAAGGUUGCUGUGAUGAAGAUCUUAUUCAUAUCAGUGAGAAUGGAGAGUUUAAGCUGGAUAUAGAGUCUAAUGCUAUAAUCCAAGAUAUUAAACUGUUAAAGGAGCUAUUGCUUGACUGGAAGAUAUGGAAUAAAGCAGAGCCAGGUGUUUGGGAAACUCUGCUGGCUGCUCUGGAAGUCCUCAUCAGAGCAGACCACCAGCAGCAGACGUUCAACAUUAAGCAGCUGUUGAAAGCGCAAGUGGUUCAUCAGUUCCUACUGACUUGUCAGGUUUUGCAGGAACACAAAGAGGGGCAGCUUACAUCCAUGCCCCGAGAGGUUUGUAGGUCAUUUGUGAAAAUUAUAGCAGAAGUCCUUGGAUCUCCUCCAGAUUUGGAAUUAUUGACAAUUAUCUUCAAUUUCCUCUUAGCAGUUCACCCUCCUACUAAUACUUACGUUUGUCACAAUCCCACAAACUUCUACUUUUCUUUACACAUAGAUGGCAAGAUCUUUCAGGAGAAAGUCCAAUCGAUCAUAUACCUGAGGCACUCUGGCAGUGGGGGAAGGCCCCUUACAAGCCCUGGUUUUAUGGUAAUAAGUCCAUCUGGUUUUACUGCUUCACCACCUGAAGGAAACAAUUGCUCUGAUAUUAUUCCACACCAGAUGGCUGCCCACAUGCUGCGCUCUAGAAGCCUACCAGCCUUUCCUACUUCCUCAACAGGAAUACAAACACAAAAAUUGACCGCGAGUUUGUGUUGUAGUAUCGACAAGUUACAACAUAUUGCAGAUACUUAUGUUGCUGUGCAGCCAGAGAAAGAAAAUCCUUUGGGGAGUUUUGACACACUGAAGAAAGGCCAAGAGGAUGCAUUCAUCAGUAGCUGUGAGUCUGCAAAAAGUGUUUGUGAAAUGGGAACCGUCCUAUUAGCCCAAGCCUCUGUCAGUGAUGUCCCAAAAGGAACACUUGGGUUUUCAGUGGUCAAAGUAGAUCAUAAAGACUUGGGACCAGAACCCAAGCCAGACGACGACAGUCCUGGAGACGAGUCCUGCCCACGCCGACCUGAUUACCUAAAGGGACUGGCCUCAUUCCAGCGAAGCCACAGCACCAUUGCAAGCCUUGGGCUAGCUUUCCCUUCUCAGAAUGGAGCUGCAGCCAUUGGCCGGUGGCCAAGUCUUGUUGAUAGGAACACUGAUGAUUGGGAAAACUUUGCCUUUUCUCUUGGUUAUGAGUCAAACUACAACCGAACUGCCAGCGCUCAGAGUGUAACUGAAGACUGUUUGAUACCUAUAUGCUGUGGGUUGUACGAACUCUUAAGAGGCGUUCUUCUCAUCCUGCCCGAUGUCAUGCUUGAAAAUGUGAUGGACAAGCUUAUUCAAGCCGAUUUACUUUUGGUCCUCGUUAACCACCCCUCACCAGCUAUUCAACAAGGAGUGAUAAAAUUAUUAGAUGCAUAUUUUAGUAGAGCAUCUAAGGAACAAAAAGAUAAAUUUCUGAAGAAUCGUGGAUUUUCCUUGCUAGCCAACCAAUUGUAUCUGCAUCGGGGAACUCAGGAAUUGUUAGAAUGCUUCAUUGAAAUGUUCUUUGGACGACGUAUUGGCCUUGAUGAAGAAUUUGAUCUGGAAGAUGUGAAAAAUAUGGGACUUUUCCAGAAGUGGUCUGUCAUUCCUAUCCUGGGACUAAUAGAGAUCUCUCUAUAUGACAACAUACUCUUGCAUAAUGCUCUCUUACUUCUCCUCCAAAUUUUAAAUUCUUGUUCUAAGGUAGCAGAUAUGUUGUUGGAUAAUGGUCUACUCUACGUGUUAUGUAAUACAAUAGCAGCCCUGAAUGGAUUAGAAAUGAACAUUCCUCCGAGUGAAUACAAAUUGCUUGCUUGUGAUAUACAGCAGCUUUUCAUAGCAGUUACAGUCCAUGCUUGCAGUUCCUCAGGCUCGCAGUAUUUCAGGGUUAUCGAAGAUCUCAUUGUACUACUUGGAUAUCUUAAAAAUAGUAAAAACCAGAGGACACAAAACAUGGCUGUUGCACUCCAACUUAGAGUUCUCCAGGCUGCUAUGGAAUUUAUAAGGACCACUGCAAAUCAUAACUCUGAAAACCUUGCAGAGUCACCCCAGUCACCUUCUGCUCCCCGUCACGCAGUAUUUCAGAAGCGGAAAAGCAUAGCUGGUUCAAUUCCAAUGAAGGGUUCCAUUGUUCCUCACCUGCCAAGACGUCAUUUUGGUUCCUAUGGUCAACUUCCAAUGCCCUUCUCCUUCAGUCUGUUAAAUCAAGGCUCAUCCCUGCAGUUUUCUCCUGGACGCUCUACUUGUGUUGUAUCUCCUGGCGCAGGUCCUCGAAAAUUUCCUCUUGCUCAAACUGAAACUCUUCUGAUGAAAAUGCGUUCAGUAGCGAGUGAUGAGCUUCAUGUGAUGGUGCAACGCAGAAUGAGCCAGGAGAACCCCAGCCAGGUGACCGAGACAGAGCUUGCACAGAGACUGCAGAGGCUCACUGUUUUAGCCGUCAACAGGAUUAUUUAUCAAGAGUUUAAUGCAGACAUUAUUGACAUUUUGAGAACUCCAGAGAGUACGACUCAAAGCAAGACCUCGGUUUCCCAGCCCGAAGUUUCUGAGCAACAUACUCCUCGUGAGCAGCCUUCUGCUUUCAAUCCCUUUCAGAAAGAAACGUUCACGUAUUUGGUAGAAGGAUUCAAAGUAUCUCUUGGUUCAAGUAAAACUAGUGGUUCUAAGCAGCAGUGGACUAAAAUCCUGUGGUCUUGUAAGGAAACCUUCCGGAUGCAGCUCGGGAGACUACUGGUGCAUAUUUUGUCACCAACCCACACUACACAAGAGAGAAAGCAAAUUUUUGAAAUAGUGCAUGAACCAAAUCAUCAGGAAAUACUAAGAGACUGUCUCAGUCCAUCCCUGCAACAUGGAGCCAAGUUAGUUUUGUAUUUGUCAGAGUUGAUACAUAAUCACCAGGAUGAGUUGACUGAAGAAGAGCUAGACACAGCAGAACUACUUAUGAAUGCCCUAAAAUUAUGUGGUCACAAGUGCAUCCCACCCAGUGCAUCAACCAAACCAGACCUUAUCAAAAUGAUCAAAGAGGAACAAAAGAAAUACGAAACUGAAGAAGGUGUGAAUAAAGCUGCCUGGCAGAAAACAGUUAAUAAUAAUCAACAAAGUCUCUUUCAGCGUCUUGAUUCAAAAUCAAAGGAUAUAUCUAAAAUUGCUGCAGAUAUCACCCAGGCAGUGUCUCUUUCUCAAGGAAUUGAGAGAAAAAAGGUGAUCCAGCAUAUCAGAGGAAUGUAUAAGGUAGACUUGAGCGCCAGCAGGCAUUGGCAGGAACUUAUUCAGCAACUGACGCAUGACAGAGCAGUGUGGUACGACCCCAUCUACUAUCCAACUUCAUGGCAGUUGGACCCAACAGAAGGGCCAAAUCGGGAGAGGAGACGUCUACAGAGAUGUUACUUAACCAUUCCAAAUAAAUAUCUCCUUAGAGAUAGACAAAAAUUGGAAGCAGAUGUGGUCAAACCACCACUCUCUUACCUGUUUGAAGACAAAACUCAUUCUUCUUUCUCUUCCACUGUGAAGGACAAAGCUGCAAGUGAAUCUAUAAGAGUGAAUCGAAGAUGUAUCAGCGUCGCACCAUCUAGAGAGACAGCUGGGGAGCUGCUGCUAGGUAAAUGUGGAAUGUAUUUUGUGGAAGAUAAUGCUUCUGAUACAGUUGAAAGUUCGAGCCUUCAGGGAGAGUUAGAACCAGCAUCAUUUUCCUGGACAUAUGAAGAAAUUAAAGAAGUUCAUAAGCGUUGGUGGCAAUUGAGAGAUAAUGCUGUAGAAAUCUUUUUAACAAAUGGCAGAACUCUCCUGUUAGCAUUUGAUAACACCAAGGUUCGUGAUGAUGUGUACCACAGUAUUCUCACAAAUAACCUCCCUAAUCUUCUGGAAUAUGGUAAUAUCACCGCUCUGACAAAUUUAUGGUACACAGGGCAAAUUACUAAUUUUGAAUAUUUGACCCACUUAAACAAACAUGCUGGCCGAUCCUUCAAUGACCUCAUGCAGUAUCCAGUGUUCCCGUUUAUACUUGCUGACUAUGUCAGUGAGACACUUGACCUCAAUGAUCCAUCAAUCUACAGGAAUCUCUCUAAGCCUAUAGCUGUGCAGUAUAAGGAAAAAGAAGAUCGUUAUGUGGACACAUACAAGUACUUGGAGGAAGAGUAUCGCAAAGGAGCCAGGGAAGAUGACCCCAUGCCUCCUGUGCAGCCCUAUCACUACGGCUCCCACUAUUCCAACAGCGGCACCGUGCUUCACUUCCUGGUUAGGAUGCCUCCUUUCACUAAGAUGUUUUUAGCCUAUCAAGAUCAAAGUUUUGACAUUCCAGACAGAACUUUUCAUUCUACAAACACAACUUGGCGCCUCUCAUCUUUUGAAUCUAUGACUGAUGUGAAAGAGCUUAUCCCAGAGUUUUUCUAUCUUCCAGAGUUCUUAGUCAACCGUGAAGGUUUUGAUUUUGGUGUGCGGCAGAAUGGGGAGCGCGUCAAUCAUGUCAACCUCCCCCCGUGGGCACGCAACGACCCUCGUCUUUUUAUCCUCAUCCAUCGGCAGGCUCUAGAGUCUGACUACGUGUCUCAGAACAUCUGUCAGUGGAUUGACUUAGUGUUUGGGUACAAGCAAAAGGGGAAAGCUUCUGUUCAAGCCAUCAAUGUUUUUCAUCCUGCCACAUAUUUUGGAAUGGAUGUCUCUGCAGUUGAAGAUCCAGUUCAGAGGCGGGCACUGGAAACCAUGAUAAAAACCUAUGGGCAAACCCCCCGGCAGCUGUUCCACACAGCCCAUGCAAGCAGAUCAGGAGCCAAGCUCAACAUUGAAGGAGAGCUUCCAGCUGCCGUGGGGCUGUUAGUACAGUUUGCUUUCAGGGAGACUCGAGAACAGGUCAAAGAAAUCUCUUAUCCGAGUCCUUUGUCGUGGAUAAAAGGUUUGAAAUGGGGGGAGUAUGUCGGUUCCCCAAGUGCGCCAGUACCUGUGGUCUGCUUUAGCCAGCCCCACGGAGAAAGGUUUGGCUCUCUCCAGGCUCUGCCCACCAGAGCAAUCUGUGGUCUGUCCCGUAAUUUCUGUCUUCUGAUGACGUAUAGCAAGGAACAAGGUGUGAGAAGCAUGAACAGCACUGACAUCCAGUGGUCGGCCAUCCUGAGCUGGGGGUAUGCUGAUAACAUUUUAAGAUUGAAGAGUAAACAAAGUGAGCCUCCAAUAAACUUUAUACAAAGUUCACAACAGUACCAGGUGACUAGUUGUGCUUGGGUGCCUGACAGCUGCCAGCUGUUCACUGGAAGCAAAUGUGGUGUCAUCACAGCCUACACAAACAGAUUUACAAGCAGCACGCCAUCAGAGAUAGAAAUGGAGACUCAGACCCAUCUCUAUGGUCACACAGAAGAGAUCACGAACUUAUGCGUUUGCAAACCAUAUAGUAUUCUGAUAAGCGUGAGCAGAGAUGGAACCUGCAUCAUAUGGGAUUUAAACAGGUUGUGCUACGUACAAAGUCUGGCAGGACACAAAAGCCCUGUCACAGCCGUCUCUGCCAGCGAAACCUCAGGUGACAUCGCUACUGUGUGUGAUUCAGCUGGUGGAGGCAGUGACCUCAGACUCUGGACAGUGAACGGAGACCUCGUUGGACAUGUCCACUGUCGGGAGAUCAUUUGUUCCGUUGCUUUCUCCAACCAGCCUGAGGGGAUAUCUAUCAAUGUAAUUGCCGGAGGAUUAGAAAAUGGAAUUGUAAGGUUAUGGAGCACAUGGGACUUAAAGCCUGUGAGAGAAAUUACAUUCCUCAAAUCAAAUAAGCCUAUCAUAAGCCUUACAUUUUCUUGUGAUGGCCACCAUUUAUACACAGCCAACAGUGAUGGGACCGUGAUUGCCUGGUGUCGGAAGGACCAGCAACGCCUGAAACAGCCGAUGUUCUAUUCUUUUCUCAGUAGCUAUGCAGCCGGAUGAAUGUGUGAGAACCUCACAGUCUCCAAAGCACUUUAACUCCAAACCAGAUUGGUUGACCAGUUUUAGGAGGUUGAACCUGAAGAAAUGGAUGUCUAAACAAA